AUGGCCGAGUACAACGAGAAGGUCUCCUCCGAGGAGAACCAUUCUCCUACCGGGACCGUCGUAGACGGUACCCACGGCGAUCUCUCACAUGCGGCUGAGCGGGAAGUUAUUGCGCUCGCGCGCACAAUGACCCAGGCGUCCAAGCACGCAGGGGACGACUCUGAUGUGGUGGACAACCCGUUCGAGGGCUCGACCGACCCCGCACUCGACCCGUCCAGCGGUCACUUCAAUAUGGAGAUGUGGCUCAAGCGCAUAUUGCACAUUCAAUCCCGGGACCCAGAGCACUUCCCGAAGCGUACGGCUGGCGUCAGCUGGAAGAACUUGAAUGUGCACGGAUACGGCAAUGCGACGGACUACCAGAAGAACGUCGUCAAUGUGAUCACCACUUUGCCCGGUUACAUUCGCAGCCUGUUCAGGCGUCGAUCUGGCAAGCGCAUUGACAUUUUGCGCAAUUUCGAGGGUGUCCUUCGUGAGAGCGAAAUGCUUGUCGUUCUCGGUCGUCCUGGUGCCGGUUGCUCCACUCUGCUCAAGACCAUCACCGGCGAGACGCACGGCUUCUUCAUUGAAGACGAGCAAUGCAUCAACUACCAGGGCAUCACGUUCGACCGCAUGCACAAGGAGUUCCGCGGCGAGACUAUCUACAACGCCGAGGUUGACGUGCACUUCCCCAAUCUGACUGUUGGCGACACUCUCACCUUCGCUGCACAAGCGCGCACCCCGCACACGCGCAUGCCGGGCAUUUCCCGCGAGCAGUACGCCGCGCACAUGCGGGACGUCAUUAUGGCCGUUUUCGGUAUUUCGCACACCUUCAACACCAAAGUCGGUAACGACUUCAUUCGCGGUGUGUCAGGUGGCGAGCGCAAGCGUGUCUCCCUCGCCGAAGUCGCUCUCGCUGGAAGUCCCCUUCAAUGCUGGGAUAACUCCACGCGUGGUCUCGACUCGGCCAGCGCUCUCGAGUUCGUCCGCACUUUGCGCCUGCAAACCAAGUACAUGGGUUCGUCUGCGGCUGUCGCUAUCUACCAGGCUUCGCAGGACAUCUACGACGUGUUCGACAAGGUCGUGGUACUUUACGAGGGUCGCCAGAUCUACUUCGGUCCAUGCGGCGCCGCGAAGGCCUUCUUCGUUGACAUGGGAUUCCACUGUCUGCCUCGUCAGACGACCGCCGAUUUCCUUACGUCUCUCACCAACCCUGCGGAGCGUCUUGUGCGCCCCGGCUUCGAAGGCCAAGUUCCGCGUACGCCGGACGAGUUUGCCAAGCGGUGGCAAGAAAGUGCCGACCGUCAGGCCCUGCUUCAGGACAUCGCCUCCUUCGACCGCGAAUUCUCGACGAGCGAGACUCAGGCGUACCAAACCAUGCUUGCCAAUCGUCGUCUCACGCAGUCCCAGUCUCUUCGUCCCCGGUCGCCGUACACGAUCUCCGUCCCGAUGCAGAUCAAGCUCUGCCUUACCCGCGCAUUCUCCCGGUUACGCCUCGACAUGUCCAUCUUCUUCACACAGGUCUUCUCCAACGUCAUCAUGGGUCUUGUUAUCAGUUCCAUUUUCUACAACUUGCCUUCCGAUACGAGCUCAUUCUACAACCGCGGUUCCUUGCUAUUCUUCGCUAUCCUCAUGAACGCCUUCCAGUCCAAUCUCGAGAUCUUGCAAUUGUACGAGCAGCGUCCCAUCGUCGAAAAACACAAACGUAUGGCCAUGUAUCACCCGUUCGCCGAAGCUAUAGCGUCCAUGAUUUGCGAUCUGCCUGCCAAGAUCCUCACCGGCGUCUCGUUCAACCUCGUACUGUAUUUCAUGACCAACCUUCGGCGUGAACCUGGAGCGUUCUUCAUCUUCCUGCUGUUUUCGUUCACCAUUACGCUUGCCAUGUCUAUGAUCUUCCGUACCAUCGGUGCCAGCAGUAAGACCAUCGCGCAAGCCAUGACGCCUGCCUCGAUCAUCCUGUUGGCCCUGAUCAUCUACACCGGCUUCGUCGUUCCCACCCCGAACAUGCACGGCUGGGCUCGCUGGAUCAACUGGAUCGACCCCAUUGCAUACGCAUUCGAGGCGCUCAUGGUGAACGAGUUCGACGGGCGUACCUUCCCUUGCGUUACGUACGUUCCCACGGGCCCAGGCUACACCGACCGCGCGAGCCAGAUUUGCGCGGUCGUCGGUGGUGUCGCGGGCGCAAGUAGCGUCGAGGGCCGUGUCUACGUCAACCAGUCGUACCAGUACUUCAAGGGUCACCUUUGGCGCAACUUCGGCAUCCUCCUUGGUUUCACCGUCUUCUUCUGCGCCGUCUACCUGCUCGCCGUCGAGUUCGUUACCUCUGCUAAGUCCAAGGGCGAGGUUCUUGUUUUCCGUCGCGGCCACACUCCCGCGGAGCUCAAGAUGGUCCGCAAAGACGAUGAGGAGGCUGGCACGCCUAUCGGCAAGGUCGAGUUCGAUCAGGCGAUCCAGGAGAAGGCCGACCAGGCUGUGGCUAUCAUUCAGGAGCAGACCGCUAUCUUCCACUGGGAGGAUGUUACCUACGACGUCAAGGUCAAGGGUGGUCAGCGUCGCCUGCUCGAUCACGUCGACGGUUGGGUUGAACCCGGCAAGCUUACUGCGCUCAUGGGUGCUUCGGGCGCUGGCAAGACGACGCUUCUUGAUGUGCUCGCUUCUCGCGUCACCAUGGGUGUCGUUGGUGGCAGCAUGUUGGUCGACGGCAACGAGCGCGACGAGUCCUUCCAGCGCAAGACCGGCUACGUUCAACAGCAGGACUUGCAUCUCGAGACGUCCACGGUCCGCGAGGCGCUCCUGUUCAGCGCGCGCUUGCGUCAGCCCCGCAGCGUUCCCGAUUCGGAGAAGAAAUCCUACGUCCAGGAGAUCAUCAACUUGCUCGAGAUGGAGAAGUACGCCGACGCCGUCGUCGGUGUGCCCGGUGAAGGUCUCAACGUCGAGCAGCGCAAGCGCCUCACGAUCGGUGUCGAGCUCGUCGCCAAGCCUGAGCUUCUCCUGUUCCUUGACGAGCCGACGUCCGGUCUCGACUCGCAGACUGCCUGGUCCAUCUGUACGCUCCUCCGCAAGCUCGCCAACCACGGCCAGGCUAUCCUGUGCACGAUCCAUCAGCCCAGCGCCCUGCUCUUCCAGUCCUUUGAUCGCCUCCUAUUCCUCCAGUCUGGCGGAAAGACGGUCUACUUCGGCGACAUCGGCGAGAACAGCCACAUCCUUACGCAGUACUUCGAGCGCCAAGGCGCGCCGGCUUGCCCUCCCGACGCCAACCCGGCUGAGUGGAUGCUUCACGUCAUCGGUGCCGCUCCUGGUUCGAACGCCGUUCGCGACUUCUCGGAGGCAUGGCGCGGUAGCAAGGAGCUCAUCGCCGUCAAGGCUCAUCUCGCUGAGCUCCGCGCGAACCCGAAGCACCACAACGCGGCUGACGACAUCGAGGCUCACCGUGCAUUCGCUGCGUCGGCGUGGCAGCAGUUCUACUAUGUCACCCACCGUGUCUUCCAGCAACUCUGGCGUACUCCGAGCUACAUCUGGGCCAAGCUUAUCCUGUGUAUCCUCACCGGUCUCUUCAUCGGCUUCACGUUCUUCAAAGCCGGUCGUACGAUCCAGGACUUGCAGGACCAGAUGUUCUCAGUGUUCAUGUUGCUCAUCGUCUUCGGAUCCCUCGUCAACCAGGCCAUGCCACACUUCGUCACCCAGCGCGACCUGUACGAGGUCCGCGAGCGCCCAUCCAAGGCGUACUCCUGGAAGGCCUUCAUGUUGGCGAACAUCUUGGUCGAGUUGCCGUGGAACACGUUGGCCGCGGUCACGCUGUUCUUCACGUACUACUACCCGAUUGGCCUGUACCGCAACGCUCAGUUCACGGAUGCGGUUACCGAGCGCGGCGGUCUUUUCUUCGCUUUCAUCUGGCAAUUCCUGUUGUUCACGUCGACGUUCACCCACAUGAUCAUCGCCGGUAUCCCCGACGCUGUCACUGGUGGUAACUUGGCCAACUUGCUCUUCUCGCUUUGCUUGGUGUUCAACGGUGUUCUGGCUCCUCCCACCGGUCCGACUGCCUUCCCACACUUCUGGAUCUUCAUGUACCGGGUCUCGCCGUUCACCUACCUCGUGGACGGUAUGCUCUCUGUCGCUGUGGCCAACUCGCCCGCGGAGUGCUCUGCCAUCGAGAACUCGAUCGUCAACCCUCCAGCCGGACAGACGUGCGGCGAGUACUUCCAGAGCUACAUGAGCCUCGCUGGUGGUUCUCUCGCCAACCCCGACGCCACGAGCAACUGUUCGUUCUGCCAGGUCACCGAGACCAACACCUUCCUCGCUAGCGUCUCGUCCUCGUACGACCACAGGUACCGCAACUUCGGUAUUCUCUGGGUCUACAUCAUAUUCAACGCCUGCGCCGCACUGUUCUUCUACUGGCUCGCGCGCGUGCCGAAGAAGAGCAAGGGCAAGAAGGAGAAGACGGAGUAG